CGACGGGUCCGAUGCGCGUGUGCGCGCGAGCGUAGCGUACGGGUGCGCGCGCGCGCGCGCGCGCCACUCGCGUUCCGGGAGAGAGGUAACGCGACGACUGCGACGCGGACGACUGCGACGACUAGACGACGGUCGACUGGGCCCCGCCAAUACCCUCCGCGCGCCGCCCGGGUCAUAAACGGUCUCACAAACAAGUGCUCAACGUUCGGGAAAUCACCCGCCGCCACGCACCGUAAUAAUAACACCGUAGUUAUACGACCACCGUGCGUUACACUACGCGCGAAAGGCCACCGCCGCACACACGCCCGUCAGUGAUCCACACCGCGGCCGCCGGGCGGUUCCUGUUUUUUUUUCCCUUCGGACGACGUGUGUCCAAUAUACGUGCGCGCCCGCGCGAUAUUCCACAAAAAUCGUUUCCGUGUCGUUUCGUUUUUUUUUUUCCCCCCCCCCUCCUUCGUCUCGCGUGUUUUUCCUGAAAAACUAAACACCGAGACCGACGGCAACAACAAUUGUUUUCGCGAAGAUCAUCGUCGUGUGUCGUCCGUCGCGUCCGUCUCCGGUCGCGGUCACCGUUACGCAUUGUGUUCUUCCGCGUUCGUCCGGCGUCCCGUAACACCACCGCGGUCCAACGGGAUGCGGCGUUGACACGCUCUCGCCGACCGAUUUUCACGCGCUAACCGCCCGACUCCACCAAACCGCCACCGCCAUCAGCAGCAGCAGCAGCAGCAGCAGCAGCAGCAGUAGCAGCAGAAGUAGUGAGAUGAGCUCCAAGUUCAUCAUCGACAGCAUGCUGCCCAAGUACCACCAGCAGUACCAUCACCAGCUCCUCAACCCGGUGAUCACGUCCGGCGGCGGUGCCGGCGGCCCGCUCGACUCGUCGGCCGUCAACUACAGCCUGACGCCCAACAACUCGUCGUCGAGCAGCGCGGGCGGCUCGCCGCCGUCCACGUCGUCGCUGGUCUCGCCGGCCGCCGGCCGCAUGUACCCCGCGUACGCCGUGCACCACCACCAGCAGCAGUUCGCCGGCCCCGGCGCCAUGUCGUUCUCGUCGCCCGGCUCGGCCGCGCUGGCCGCCGCCGUCCAGGACGCCGCGGACAAGUCGUCGUCCGCCUCGUCGUGCCGGUACGGCGGCGCAGGCAUCGGCGGCGUCAGCGUCGGCGGCGUGUCCGCGGCCGACACCAUGGUCAACAGUUACGCCGCGCUGCACCAUCACCACAACCAGAACGGCGGCGGCGGCACCGGGGCCGUGUCCAUGGCUGCGGCCGCGCAGUUCUACCACCAGGCGGCCGCCGCGUCCGCCGUGUCCGCCGACCCGCUCAACUCCGCGUGCCCCGGACAGCCCGGCGCUCCCGGCCCGCAGCCCAUGCCGGACAUACCCCGGUACCCGUGGAUGUCGAUCACAGAUUGGAUGAGUCCGUUCGACCGAGUCGUUUGUGGUCCGAAUGGGUGUCCGCGACGUCGCGGCCGACAGACGUACACCAGGUUCCAGACGCUGGAGCUGGAGAAGGAGUUCCACUUCAAUCACUACCUAACCCGAAGACGGAGGAUCGAGAUCGCGCACGCGCUAUGUCUGACCGAGCGCCAGAUCAAGAUCUGGUUCCAGAACAGGCGAAUGAAGCUCAAAAAGGAGCUGCGUGCUGUGAAGGAAAUCAACGAACAGGCGCGCAAGGAACGCGAACUCGAACAGUCCAAGAAGCAGGACCACACGAAAAUGGACGGCAGUGGCGGCGGCAUGCACCAACUGCAACAGCAGCAGCAGCAGCAACAGCAGCAGCAGCAACAACAGCAACAGAUGUCGCACCAUCAGAUGUCGCACGAACAGCACAAGAUGCAGAUGGUGGGCGGUCUGGACAACAAGGGGUCCGCGGACAUGCUCAAGGCCAAAACGUAAACGCCGUGAGCAACCCCCUCCCCAGACGCGUUUCGCGUUUUCGCCGCGUAGUAAUAUUUUAUAAUACAUAAUACAACAAAACACCGUACGCACACCGUAUACACGAAAACAUUUAACCCCCGUCGCGUACGCGAACAUUAUUAUUAUUAUUUAUUAUUAUUAUGAUUAUUACUACUGUUGCGACGCGUUCGUGUUGUAAAAACUCUUUUUCUUUCAAUUCGAUAAAUACGUAAUAAUAUUAAAAA